GUGAGAACUCUAUUCCAAUGAUCGCCCAAUUACUCCAUCGUUAAGAUGCCAAUCGCGGCGCUCCCUCCAACCACCGUGCGCGCAAUCGGCUCCGCGUCAGUCAUUUCCGAUCCCUGUUCCAUUGUCAAGGAGCUCUUGGACAAUGCCUUGGAUGCGGCAGCUACCUCGGUUUUUAUCGAGAUCUCACAGAAUACACUGGACGUAAUUCAGGUAAAAGACAAUGGACAUGGCAUCCCUUCCAGCGACCAUCCUUUCGUCUGCAAACGCACCUUUACUAGCAAGAUCCAGACAGUCGAGGACCUGAGAACAAUUGGAGGAAGGUGUCUCGGGUUUCGCGGUGAAGCGCUCGCCAGUGCGGCUGAAAUAUCCGGUGGCUUGACUGUCAGCACUAGGGUCCAACAUGAGCCAGUUGGUUCCUCUGUCAGAUAUGGCAGAGAUGGGGAGCUUCUAAGUACUCAGCGCGCGUCACAUCCGGUGGGCACCAGUGUCCGGAUAACGGACUUGUUCAAGCAUAUUCCGGUCCGAAGACAGACUACUCUGAAGAACGCUACCAAGACUCUGGUCAGGAUUAAGAAGCUUGUGCACGCAUACGCCAUUGCUCAACCCGCAAAACGGCUAUCUUUGAGGGUGUUGAAAGCAAAAACAGAGGCCAACAACUGGAUGUAUGCCCCGGGACAAACGACACUCUUGGAUGCCGCACUGAAGGUUAUGGGCACGGACGCCUCUAGCUGUCUUGUCAGGGAAUGGCCGCCCAAUGAUGACAGCGAUCAAUCUCUGCAACAGAAACAGGCAGGGUUUCGGAUAGUUGCACUGUUCCCAGAUCCAUCUGAUCUGUCCAAAGGGAACGGCUCGGGUCAGUAUAUUAGUAUCGAUGGCAGGCCUUUAUCGACCACCCGAGGUAUCGCGCAAGAUAUUGCGAAACUGUAUAAAUCUUAUAUACGUUCGGCUGCAUCUCGCCAGGAGCCAUCUCCGAACAUCACGGAUCCUCUUUUGUGUCUCCACGUUAUAUGUACGGACGUAAGUUACGACGUCAAUAUCGAGCCCGCCAAGGAUGAUAUUCUUCUCGAAAAUGCUCAAGAGCUUCUUUCUCUGGUAGAGGAGCUUUUGUGUGAUGUGUAUGGCGAGAAACCGAAUUCCGCUGAGGAACCAAAGGCUAUAAGUAAAGAAAAGGGGCCUGUUUCCCACAAGAACUCGUGCGACUUGCUCCUUGCCCAGAAGCCGGAGAAAUCAUCACGGCCGAAAAGCCCUGGUGGCUCUGCGACAAACUUCACUUCGACUAGAUUCACACAAGCAACCGAUUCUGAGACCCAUAGUCCGGGUGCUGAAACCCGCACGGAGCUACGGGAUGGCUCCAAUCCCUGGUCUAUAAUGCGAUCAAACAUGCCAACCCCAAAGGCCGACAGAGCGCCGAGAGAUACCUGGGCAUCAACACGUACCACUGUGCAGAGUCCGGGGAGUCGAAGAAACUCACAAGAGACACUCCAGACAUGCUCCCCACGGUCCUUCCUCCCAAGCCCUUCUGCUUCUACGAAGACUACUCCUGAAUCUGUUGAGUCUUCGCCAUCUGGCCAGACACAGAGCCCGACCGACGCAACGCAGAGAAAACCGAAGCAAGCCUCGAGGGAGCGUGACAGAGAACGCUACGGCAACGGAGCGCUAGACACAUGGUUCACCAAGACAACUCUUGUCAAUCUUUCCCCGGCGACUGCCAGCAACGAGCCUGGAGAUCAAGAGCGACCGCUGCAUCAGCUAGCGCAGGAACGAUUUGGGUCACCGGAGAGGCCAGCUGACAACCCAAACGAGUUGGCAUCCCAUGGUGUAGCUACUGAUUCGCAAGAUAGCUCAGAAUCCGAACCGGAAGAUUCGGGCUCUCUCCUGCUCCGUAAUCCCGAACUUAGGGAGAGACAUGCAGGUCUUCCCGUUCUCGAAAGAUGGUCGUCUCGAUUGCAUCAACUGUCCAAGACCGGGCACCUGGAACUUCAGAAUGCACUUGAUUUCGAAAACCGAAAGAGGGAAGCUAUCGCGAGACGUCGGGAGCAGCUCAAAAGCCGCUCUGAGCAAUCAUCUAAUUCACCGCAUCUCAGUCGGUAUCUCGCCGCCAAGGCUGCUCUUCAACCAGAUGUUGCCAGAGACGAGCAGAAUUCGCCUAUACUAAGUCCACUUGACCCAAGAUCGUAUCUGAUGCGCCUGGCGCAACGUGGCACCGCGAAGAAAAGCAUCAACUCGAACAAGUUACCAUUUGAAACUAUACCCGAUGGAUGUGAGCUGUAUUGUGUGAGUCUCAAGCAGAAGGCCGAUCUGCCAUUAUUAUCCACUAUGUUUGGCCAUAUAUCCACGACAGAUCUAUACACCCAACGCGGAGACCAAGUUGAAGCAUUUCCACCUCACGACGAUUCACCAAUCGAUCUCUGGAGACAUCGUCUGACCAACUUAACGAAAGACAAGUACCCGACCGGAUCUGGACUGCCAGAAUUGCAAUUUGACUUUUCCCAUUUAGUGCAGCGUUCGGAAGGGCAUUCGGAAUGAUUCACAUAUCCUAUUCUUGUGUUCAUGUCGCUAUGCGAUCCAUUCAUAAAAACAUCAAAAUCCACUCCUGUGAAAUAGCCAAAGCUAAACCAAC